AUGAGUUUUAUCAUGAAACUUCACAGACACUUUCAAAGAACACUGAUUCUGCUUGCCACUUUUUGUAUGGUCAGCAUUAUCGUUUCUGCUUACUACCUGUACAGCGGCUACAAACAGGAAAGCGAACUCUCUGGGAGGGCUUCAGAAGUGGACUGCGGUGACCUCCAGCACAUACCGUCCAGGCUGAUGGAAGAGAAGAGGACAUUGCUUUCUGAUGCUUCAAGGACCGACCCCACAGUCCUGGUGUUUGUGGAGAGUCAGUACUCAUCCCUUGGCCAAGACAUCAUUAUGAUGCUAGAAUCCAUCCGAUUCCAGUAUCAUACUGAAAUCGCUCCUGGAAAAGGGGACCUCCCUGCCCUUACAGACAAUGUGAAAGGCAAAUAUGUUCUCAUUAUAUACGAGAACAUUUUAAAAUAUAUAAACAUGGACUCUUGGAAUAGAAGCCUCUUAGAUAAAUACUGUGUCGAGUAUGGUGUGGGUAUCAUUGGAUUCCACAAAACCAGUGAAAAAAACCUACAGAGCUUUCAGUUCAGAGGCUUCCCCUUUUCUAUAAGUGGAAACCUGGCAGUAAAAGAUUGCUGCAUUAAUCCUCACUCCCCAUUGCUUCGUGUGACCAAAUCAUCUAAGCUUGACAAGGGUUCUUUACCUGGAACUGACUGGACAGUUUUUCAGAUCAACCACUCCACUUACCAGCCAGUAAUAUUUGCCAAAGUUAAGACUCCAGAAAACCUUUCUCAUCCCAUCUCUAAAGGUGCUUUUUAUGCCACGAUCAUACAUGACCUGGGGCUCCAUGAUGGGAUCCAGCGUGUUCUUUUUGGCAACAACUUGAACUUUUGGCUGCAUAAGCUCAUCUUCAUAGAUGCCAUCUCCUUCUUGUCAGGGAAGAGGUUGACUGUGUCCUUGGACAGGUACAUCCUUGUGGACAUUGAUGACAUAUUUGUGGGGAAGGAGGGAACGAGGAUGAACACCAAUGAUGUAAAGGCCCUGCUUGACACUCAGAAUCUCUUGCGUGCUCAAAUCACAAACUUUACAUUCAACCUUGGAUUUUCAGGGAAAUUCUAUCACACAGGGACCGAAGAGGAAGACGAAGGGGAUGACCUUCUGCUGGGGUCUGUGGAUGAGUUCUGGUGGUUUCCUCACAUGUGGAGUCACAUGCAGCCCCACCUCUUCCACAACGAGUCCUCGUUAGUGGAGCAGAUGAUUCUCAACAAAAAAUUUGCCUUAGAGCACGGCAUUCCCACCGACAUGGGCUACGCAGUAUCCCCCCAUCACUCCGGAGUCUACCCUGUCCACGUUCAGCUUUAUGAGGCCUGGAAGAAGGUUUGGAAUAUUAAAAUCACCAGCACUGAAGAAUAUCCUCAUCUCAAACCAGCUAGGUAUCGGAGGGGCUUCAUCCACAAAAACAUCAUGGUUCUUCCAAGGCAAACCUGUGGGCUCUUCACACAUACAAUUUUCUACAAGGAAUAUCCAGGAGGCCCCCAGGAACUGGACAAGAGUAUUCAUGGAGGGGAGCUCUUUUUCACUGUGGUUCUCAAUCCAAUCAGUAUUUUCAUGACCCAUUUGUCUAACUAUGGAAAUGACCGACUGGGAUUAUAUACAUUUGUGAAUCUAGCCAACUUUGUGCAGACCUGGACCAACCUGCGUCUUCACACCCUGCCUCCAGCUCAGCUGGCUCACAAGUAUUUUGAGCUCUUUCCUGAUCAGAAAGACCCUCUCUGGCAGAACCCCUGUGAUGACAAACGCCACAGAGACAUUUGGUCUAAAGAAAAAACCUGCGAUCGUUUACCAAAAUUCUUGGUAAUCGGACCCCAGAAAACUGGUACCACUGCCUUGUGUCUGUUCCUGAUUAUGCAUCCUUCCAUCCUUAGUAACUCCCCCAGCCCAAAAUCCUUUGAGGAGGUACAGUUCUUUAAUAGAAAUAACUACCACAGGGGGAUUGAUUGGUACAUGGAUUUCUUCCCAGUCCCAUCGAACGUCACCAGUGACUUUCUGUUUGAGAAGAGUGCCAAUUACUUCCAUUCAGAGGAAGCUCCGAAAAGGGCCGCUUCUCUAGUCCCCAAAGCCAAGAUCAUCACUAUACUCAUUGACCCUUCGGACCGAGCUUACUCCUGGUACCAGCAUCAGCGGUCCCAUGAAGACCCCACAGCUCUGAAGUUUAGCUUCUAUGAAGUGAUCUCUGCUGGCCCCCAUGCACCCUGGGAACUUCGAACUCUGCAGAAGAGAUGCUUGGUCCCUGGGUGGUAUGCCAGCCACAUUGAGAGAUGGCUUGUGUAUUUCCCUCCCUUUCAGUUGCUAAUUAUCGACGGGCAGCAGCUAAGAAGUGACCCUGCGGCCGUGAUGGAUGAAGUACAGAAGUUUCUAGGAGUCUCGCCUCAUUAUAACUACUCGGAAGCUUUAACGUUCGAUUCUCACAAAGGCUUCUGGUGUCAGCUCUUGGAAGAAGGAAAAACAAAGUGCCUUGGAAAGAGUAAAGGAAGAAAAUACCCACCGAUGGAUUCUGAUAGCAGAGCGUUUCUGUCCAGUUACUACCGGGACCACAACGUGGAGCUCUCCAAGCUGCUGCACCGGCUGGGGCAGCCUCUGCCCUCAUGGCUUAGACAGGAGCUGCAGAAGGUGAGGUAG